GCACCCGGGGAGAAGCCGAACGCGCGCGCCGAUCCGGUGCGGUGUACUACUACUACCGCCGUCGUCGUCGUCGUCGUCGUCGCUGUUGUUGAAUAUAACAACGCUGCCGCCGCGCCCGGUUGUUACCGUCUCCGUCCUCGUCGCUGCUGCUGCUGCUGCUGUUGCCGCCGCCGCCGCUCCUGCUGCUGUUGUUGCCGCCGCCGAACGUGCACACACACACACACAUACACGUACGCGCGCGCACGUUACACACACUCGCGACCGUCGCCGUGUGGUGAGACCGCUUCUGACUUUCGUGUGCUACAGUCCAGUGAGUUCCGCAAUAAUCACCACUUACUGCGGUCGUCUUCUUCUUCGUCGUCGUCGUCGUCGUCGUCGUAGUCGUUGUCGUCGUCGUCCUCUGAUAUAAUAUAGUGCAUCUAUAUUACUAUAAUAUUUUUAAAUAAUAUAUUUAUUAUAUAUGUACCUAUUCGCGUAUAACGGUGUGCACGAAAUAUAAUAUUUCUACCUAUACAGUGUAUAAUACACGCGAGCCUUCGUUUUGUUUGUAGUCGUCGUCAUCGCCAUCAUCAUAACAUAAUCCGUAGCCGCCUGCAAACGCAUACGCUGUGUACGUAUAGAUCACUGCACGUGUUGACUAUUGGAAACCGAUCUGAAAACCACACGCCAUAAAUAUUAUUACAAUUGUGUAUUGCCCACCUGGGUAACCUUCUCGUCCCGUUCCCAACGCGACGACCGAGGCUCGGCCUGAGUCUCCGCCGUCAUCAGACGUCCGGUAUAUCGUAUAAUCAGCUCGUGGAGCACCAGGGGAGAACGCUGCAGCGGCUCGACCAUGUACGCGGUAAUACAGCUAGACUCGGAGAACCACAGACUCCGACCCAAACGGGUCAAAAUGGAGUUUGUGUGCAAAUACUGCAACCGGACGUUCAACAAACACUAUUCACUGCUUAUUCACGAACGCAACCAUCUGCCAACGGUCAACUACCGGUGCGAGAUGUGCUACAAGUCGUUCAAAAGGCAGGACAGCCUGCAACAACACAGAUCAACUCAUAGUCCAAAUUACAGAGCUGGGUACGCAUUGCAGCUUUGAAAAAAUUGUGAUAUGCUAAAUUAUUGGCAAAUUGUUGUAAUGAAGUAAAUGUAGAUAGACAGACAUUAACUAGGUAGUUGUUAAGUUGUAGUACUAAUAAGAUUAUAAUUUUGAGCAGACUGGUCAAUUUUUUUACUUUUUGAAUAAAAAAUAAUAUGUAGUUUUGAAAAAACUCAAGUACAAUUUUUGAAUUUACUAUUUUUAAAUGUAAAUCAAUUAAUAAUUUAUUAACAAUGUAUG